CAUGUAGGUGUCAGAAAACAACGCCAUCGAAGCAAAAAAUUGAAAUUCAUCGGAGAACUCGCAAUGUUCAUCCCAAACGAUUAAAACAAUUCAAUUUGCUAACAAAGGUGACAAUAACAGACAAUAUGUCGUCUAACCUAGCCACGGUAACGUCUAUCAUCACAUGUAGCAGUGCCUCAGUUUCAAUUCUUUGUGGGCUGGCCAUUCUGUGGUCAUACCGACAGGUUCCUCACAUACAGAACUACACCCGAUACCUCCUGGUCUGUCUCACGAUAGCCGACAUCUUCACUGCAUACGGCAAUUUGAUCAGUACAUUUAGAUGGUUUAUCAUUGGAAACAGUAAAGAAACGAACGAUGCCUACUGUGUUGCCCAAAGUUUUAUAACAACGACUUCAACGCUAAGUUCAUUCUUCUGGACGACAUCCAUAGCCAUAUACCUUUUUAGUGCGGUCGCACUCCGAGUGAACAUUGCUGAGAAACGUACCGCUAAAAUCGCCAUGACUGUUAUUCCAAUUGUAAUUCCAGUGGCAAUUACAUGCGUGGCUUUGGGCAACGAUGUCUUAGGCGAAGACAAAUACUCCGGGAGUGGACCUUGGUGCUGGAUCAAAGGUGACGUCAGCAAUAAACUCAUGUGGAAGCUAGUGACGGGCAAGGCUUGGGAGAUGAUGACGUACAUGAUUACACUUGUGAUAUACAUCCUGCUAAAAUUCUUCAAAUGUAGAAAGAACUGUCAACGUCACGGAAGGUUUAGAUGGAGCGAUUCAGAUACAAAUAUCCGAGAUGCAGACGACACUUUUGAGAUAUCGUGGUUGUUUCUACUCAUCGCACGGAUUUGGGGGACUCUCAGAUUUAUCUUGCAGUCCUUUGAUGUUCACUUAGAAGAAUCUGUAAAUAACGGGUUGCUCUAUAUGCAGUGUUUUGGCGACAGCUCCCAGGCUUUCUGGAACUUCAUGUUCUUCUUCACUCUUGAUGCAGAAUUACGGGAGCAUGUCUGUCAGUAGAUAUGUUGUCUAUCAAGGCAUAGAAGAACUAGUACAGUGACAGAUUUACAUGGCGAUGCACAACAGACAGGCUUUUAAUUGGAGUAUAUUUAUAGCUUUCUAAUUGUUUGAAUAGCCGGUGUG